AGCACUACCCGCGCCACACGGUAUAAAAGAAAAAUACAAAUCAUCAUCUUUUCACUCGACACCAUGAAGCUUCUGGGAUCGAUUGUGUUUCUCUUGGUCUUGGGCUCUGCCCUGGCCUACAAGAGCUACUCAGGGUACCAGGUCCUGAAGACAGCUCCCCUGACCCCUGCUGCCAUGCCAUACGUUAACAGACUGAGCCGCCGAUUCGACUUCUGGGGCACCCCCAGCGUCGGAAGGCCCGCCACCGUGAUGGUUUCUCCCGAGGACGCUCCAAUUAUCAUUGCUGCCUUCAACAGGAUGCGCAUCUCCCACGAAGUCUCGGUUGCUGAUUUGGGACCUGAAGUCGAGAAAGAACGUGCCGCGAACGAGGCCCUGAGACUCGCCCUUCCCCGCAAGCCCCGCGUGGCUGCGUACGACCGCUACAUGACUUUCGAGGAGAUCGACGCUCACAUCCACGAGACCGUUGAUGGCAACCCUGAUGUUGCUUCUAUUUUGGAUCUCGGCCUGUCCUACGAAGGACGUGAACUGCACGGAAUCAAGCUGUCCAACGGGGCCGCCGGUCAGAAAUCAGUUUGGUUCGACUGCGCCAUCCACGCCCGCGAGUGGAUCGCACCACCCGUCUGCCUGAGAAUCAUUGAUGAGGUCCUCGCCGAUUCUGCCCUCAGAGACCUGGCUGAUUGGUACAUCCUACCCGUGGCAAACCCUGAUGGAUACAGUUAUUCCCAUACUGAUGAUCGUUUCUGGAGAAAGACGCGCCGUCCCAACCAAGGCUCAUCCUGCGUCGGCACUGACCCUAACAGGAACUUCGACUUCCUGUGGGAUUCUGCUGGUGACCCUUGCACAGAAGUCUUCCCCGGUUCCAGUGCUUUCUCUGAACCUGAGUGUGGUGCCAUUGGCAACUUCAUCUCUUCCAACGCUGAUAGCCUUGUCCUUUACGUCGCCGUCCACAGCUAUGGAGAGUUGAUCCUGUAUCCUUUCGGCCACACUGUUGAGCCCGUUCCCAACGUAGAUGAUUUGAUUGCUGCUGGAACUGCGUCUGCCGACGCCAUUGCAGCAGUUGGUGGCACAAGGUACAGCGUUGAGAACUCUGCUGCUGGCCUAUACUUCACGUUUGGAGCCAGUGAUGACUAUGCCUACGGCAUUGGUGCUGCUUUGUACUCGUACACCUACGAGUUGUCUGGAGGUGGAUCUGGAGGUUUCAACCCUCCUGCCUCCGCGAUCCAGGGAGUUGUGGACGAGGUCUGGCCAGGCUUGAAGACUCUUGUUGAAUACAGUCUUGCAAACUAGAAACUAUUGAAAAUAAAUAUCACCUAAGUGAAUUUCAAAAUGUUGUAUUUAAUU